GUCGGUAGCUGUAAUUUGUAAAUGUCUGAAUACUCAGGAUAUUCGGGCAAUCUGGCAGGAUGUUAUCAAGUCUUCAAAGUAUGAGCAAAGAGCCAGUCUACCAGACCGUACUGAAGGCUGUCCUUAAAGUACAAAUCCAACAUUUGGUAGAUCAGCUCGCUAAUCACACUAAUGAGGAAUCCAUCAUUCUCACAGUCGGAGCAUCUGACGGGAGUCUUACCCAGCUGGGGUCCGAAUAUGGGAAAACAUUCCUCAAUAAUUCCGACGUUAAGGCAAACUUCAUACGACACUGCAUUAACAGAAAGAAGGAAAGUGACAGUCAAGCAGAAAGUCAGCUGAGUCAAGGAGAAAGUCAGCUGAGUCAAGCCGAAAGCUCACUGAGUCAAGCGGAAAGCCAGCUCAGUCAAGCAGAAAGCCAAGACAGUCAAGCAGAAAGCCAUUUAAGCCAAAUUGUAGCUAAGCUUAGUCAGGCAGAAAGUCAAAAGAGCCGAGAUGAAAGGGUGGAUAAUAUAGGACCGAUGCUUCCUCGCAAACUUCCAGCCCCUCAUCGUCGCAAACCAUACAGUAACAGAGGCAGAGGAAGACCAAGGAGCAGUAAGCAGGCUAUUGUGGUCAGACAGGACUUUAGUGACAACGACACUACAGAGGGUGUGACAGAUGAUGCCAGCGAGGCUGGGGAAAGCAUAACCUCUAAAUAUGAUUUGCCAACAAUUGGCAUAGAGGGCCUACUGGGUGUCAACCUAAAGACAGAGGUACCUGACACUGAUGAUACCUCAGUCUCAGAGAUGCAGAUCAGCCAGCAUGAGGAAGAUGCAGUGGGAACAAAUAUAUCUAGCAAGGACAAGACAGAGGACGAUAACAGUCAGGCGUUUUCUUUUCCACAGGAUGGCAGUUUCCCAGACUUUGUGAAGCGUGAAGAUGGAGCAUACGUCUGUGACAUCUGCUCUAUGAGAUUUACUGUGAAGCGUGAGAUGAUGUUCCACUGUCGUAUCCACACUUCACCACAGGUAUAUCCCUGCAAGCAAUGUCCAGGGGUGUUCAACACGCUAGGUCAUCUCAAGUCCCAUAUGUCAAUGACUCAUGAACCAAAGAGACCUCUACCAGAAUACCCCAACAUGAUCAGAGAGGAUGGUCAAUUUAAAUGCAUUCUCUGUGGUUAUAAACACAAGAAGAAACACCAGCUGGACCGCCACUUUCGCACUCACACCGGAGAAAGACCUUACAUAUGUGAUACAUGCGGAAACAGCUUUAACCAGCGCUUUGAGCUCACCAGGCACAUGCUCUUACAUUCCGAUAGGAAAGAUUUCAAGUGUGACAUAUGCGGUAACGAGUUCCGACGAAAAGAGCACCUCACCCGACAUCUUAUGCGACACAGUGGGGAACGACCGUUUCAGUGUGAGGAAUGUGGAAUGAGCUUUACCGAAAAGUCCACACUAAACAUGCACAUGAAAAUUCAUUCCGGCAAUGCUCCGCAUAAAUGCAACAAGUGUGGCCAUGCAUUUAAGGCUCGGUAUGAACUGACAACGCACAUGAGUGUUCAUACAGGGCUCAAGCCGUUUCCUUGCCAGUAUUGUUCGAAGACAUUCAGAAUCAAGCGAGGGCUUAUCUCCCACAUGACAAAUAAGCAUAAGGACAAAUCUGAGGACAUUCCUGUAGUUGCAACAAGCCCAGUGGAUGAUAAAACUGUUGAAGUGGCUCCAGAUACUGAGAAAUCUCCUGUCACUCCUCAUGGACCUACACUGUCAGAAUUAGUCAAAAAUGAAUUAGCUCAGAGGAUAGGAAAUGAAAUAAUGAAUAAACCCAGCUUUGGUGUAGGCCAAUCCAACAUGGAUUUAAGUGCACCAAACAUUGAUAUGGGUUCGCCAAUCAUUGGAAAAUGUGAGGCCAACAUUAGAACUGAAAAUGCAUUAAGUCAGAUAAAGCCACCUAGUGGUACGAAUUUGAUUCAAUCAACUGAGGACAAUAAAAACUUCAUCGUACUUGUACCAAAUAUAAACAGCGGACACGCUCAGUUCACAAGCAUUGCAAACAAUGGAUUGAACUCAUUUUCUCCAAGUAUUGAUGGAACAGUUUCCCAGUCAGUGCAAGGUGCAGGUGUGGGUCUAAGUCACUUGACAUCUUUUGCUUCAAAUGUGAACACGGCAUUUACUGCACUGACCAAAAGCGAGCACAAUCUUGUCACACCAACACGAAGUAGUCAAUCUGCAUUUCAAAGUCUUACUGAGGGUUCUACACCAUUGGCGGAUUAUUCCGAAAUAGUUCUGAAACAAGAAAGGAUUUCACCUACCUUUGACUUGGAGUCAAAAAAGUAGAAAUUUGCUUGGGGAAAAGUCAUUGUUUUGAUAAACAUUAUUUUGUUAAAGUUGUCAGAUGGUUAAAUAUCGAAAACAAAUAUUAUUGACUGAAUUGUGAACAAAGUUUUUAUGACAAUGAUAAAAGGUCAUUAAGAUGCACAUCAGAGUUAUAUUGAUUAUAAUUAUCUAAUAAUUGUGACAGAAAAUUAUAACCUAAAAAACUUUGAUAAUAUUUCUCAAAAUUGAAUGUUUAAAUUAACAAAAUUAUGUUUAUAUAUUUAUAUGCGGAUUGUUUUUUUUGGUGUUUGUUCAUAAAACUAAGUAAAAAAAGUUGGAAAAGAUUAUUGCAAGCAUAGAUUCUAUGAUGGAGUCUCUUCAAUUUUGGCGUUUUAUAUAUACAUGUACUUUGUUAUUCACUCAGUCAUAAUUGUUAUUAUGUCUGGAUUGAUUUUGCUUUGUAAGGUGCUGAUUAUAGACAUAAAAUAUUUAUUAUUUGAAAAAUAUGACUUGAUGAAUUAAAGUAUAUAUAUUAAGAAUCAGAUAAUAAACAAUUGUAUUAGGUGAUAGCCGCGGUCAAUAAUGAUUUUGUGGUCAAUAUGAGCUGCAUUUUCACAGCUAAAAAGUAAAUAACUGUUUCUUUACAUGAUACAGCAUGAUACAUUAUGAUGAUAAAUUGUUUCCGGACUAUAAAAAGGCAGGUCAAUAGGGCAUUUUAUUUUGUUUACGAAAAAUGAUUUUCGUCCAAUCAUGGACGGUUUAUUUAUAUAUCAUGUAAUUAUCUGAAUUAUUUGUAGCCUGUCUGUUUUGAUAGAAAGUAGUUGUUUUUAGGUCUUGACUGCAGUAUUUGAAUGAUUUCGGAGCUGUAAUUUGUUAGGAUUCUCCAUUUUUACGCCAUUUUGUAAAAAAGAUCUGUUAAUGGUUGUACUGUAUAAGAAGAAAAAAAAGAUCAGAAUUGGACAGAAAGUAGCCAAAAUGUAUGCAUUUUCGCGUGCAAUAUGUAUAUCUAAAAUCCAUUUGAUAUAUAUGUUUAUGACGUAACAUUUCAUUAGAAACUGAAACUGCCCUUUCCUUACAAAAUUCUCCUUUGGAAGGGCCCAAGCCCCAUUCAUCAUGAGUGGAAUAACAGCCCUCUAUUCUGUGAUUCAGCCACUAUGGAAUCAUGUGAUUCAGCCACUAUGGAAUCAUGUGAUUCAGCCACUAUGGAAUCAUGUGAUUCAGCCACUAUGGAAUCAAAGAUUUUGGAACAUAACAUAUUUGGUAAACUAUAUAUUUUUGAUUACUUUGUAAACUAUAUUUAUUAUGAAAAUGGCAAAGAGCUAUUCCAUUUAAGCAUGUUAAUUUUUUUAUAACGCCCGGGGGUAAGGGGGUAAAGUUAUAAAAUAUACCACCCCUGUACAAAAGCAAAUUUUGACCCUGAAAAAAAAAAGAAACCCACCCAUAUAUACUAUAAUUGCCUUUUCCCCUCGGCUUAUAAGUUUUCCUGGAAAUAUGUCAAAGGAAAUAUUAUGACCAUUGCAGAACAUGGAACUCCAAACAAAAGCUUAUUUAACCUUCUGCUUAGUUAUUAUUAUUUUUAAAAUAUAAAUAAAUUUGUAUGCAAUUUAUUCUUACAUUGGAUUAUUGAUUUAUUUGAUUGUUUGACAGUAUUUAUAAUUCAACUGUGGCGAUCAAUUUUAUUGUUGCCAGUGUAUUUAUACCAUACAGUAACAUUAAUGUGUUCUUUAUAUUUUUUUAUUAUGUACAUGUUAUAAAACCAUUUGCAUUUUUGCAAGUCUAUUUGAUACUAUUGUUUCUUUAUAUACAUUCCAUUACAUAAAAACAGUUUUGUAUGCCUAAAAGUGUGUAUUUACUCAUGUUGCGUUUCAGUAAUUAAAACGAUA